UUGGGGGAACCCUCAGCCGUUUCAGUUUCCCUUCUCCGAAUCGAGCCACCAUGGCGGCGGAGGGCAGCUCGUCGACGGGAACACUCAAGGUUGACGAGGAAGAGUUCUUUGGCGCCGAAUCCGGCUGGGUUGAGGGUCGAACUACCUGCGACCACCUGCCAUCGUUGUGCUCCGACCUGUCCCAAAUUCCUCUUCCCGAUUCCCCCUGCACUAGGUGUCAUCACCCUGCCGAAAACUGGCUGUGUUUGAGCUGCAAAGAUGUUUUCUGCAGUCGUUUUAUCAACAAGCACAUGGUGAACCAUCACCGAGAAACUGGGCACUGCCUUGCUUUGAGUUUCAGCGAUUUAUCAGUUUGGUGCUUCAACUGUGAUGCAUAUCUGGAUGUUCAGAUGAUCAGGCAACUACGACCUGUUUAUGAAGUUGCCCAUCUGCUAAAAUUCGGCGAGCGGCCUUCUUUCCGGACAUUGGAGAUGUAGUCGUAGUCAUAGAAAGAUGGUUCUCACUUACGCACUUUAACUUCUGCUAGUGGCUAAAAUUUUCAACUUUUAAGGAAAGCUCUCUUAUCUAUUGUUGCUUCCUUCUUUAAAGUGACUACAUGAUGCUAAACUUUGAAUUUUGCUUUAGGAAAUAAGUGGGAUUGUGCUGAUAUUUUUCUGUAGAGAGAAUUGAUACAUUAGUUUUUCCAGAAAAACAAAUGCGGUUAUAAUCUGUUUA